AUGGACCUUCGAAGCGUUCAUUCAAGACAAAUAUACAAAAGUUAAAAGUGCUUUUAAGAAGUCUUGUGAUUACAAUCUAUAAAGAUGAAGUUCUUUAAUCUUUUCACCUUCGUUUUCGCUUGUUUUAUGGCGUUCGGCUUAGCAACCGCUGCUCCAUGGAAUCCUUUCAAGGAAUUGGAAAAAAUUGGCCAAAGAGUAAGAGACGGUAUCAUUAAAGCCGGACCCGCGGUGCAAGUUGUGGGAGAAGCUGCAGCCAUUCUAAAACCAGCUCAAGGAUGAGUUAAGACUCGUUGUAAUAGUGUUUUAUAAUAUUGUACUGCCAACAAA